UCUCUCUCUCCCUCUCCCUCUCCUGGGGCUCUCGGAGUUUACUUCCAGCUGCUGCGGCUCUCUCUCUCCCUCCCUGUGUGUCUCUGUGUGUGUGUGUGUAUCUCUAACACACACAGCCAGCCCCCCAGCAGCAGCAGCAGCAGCAGCAGCUCUGUGUGUGUGUCUCUCUCUCUCUCUAACACACACUCAGCCCCCUACAGCAAGAUGAUCCUGAUGACCAUGAUCGCCCGGGUGGCGGAUGGACUACCCCUGGCCGCUUCCAUGCAGGAGAACGAGCAGUCAGGGCGAAACCUGCAGGAGUAUCAGAACCAGGCCAAGCAGCUCUUCCGGAAGUUGACGGAACAUUCUCCGACCCGGUGCACCCUGGAGACCGGCCUCCUGAUGUUUCACUACCUGAUAGACCGGGGGGUCUGCUACUUGGUCCUGUGCGAGGGGAACUACGCCAAAAAGAUGGCCUACGCCUUCCUGGACGAUCUGCAGGCUGAGUUCAGUGAGCUGUACAUCAGAAAGGUCGCUACCGUCUCCAGGCCCUACGUUUUCAUCGAGUUUGACACCUACAUCCAGAAGCUGAAGAAGUCGUACAGUGACUCCUGGUCACGCCGCAAGUUGGGCUCCAUCAACAGCGAGCUCCACGACGUUCAGAAGAUCAUGGUGACCAACAUCGAGGAGGUGCUGCAGCGAGGGGAGGCCCUCUCAGCUCUGAACACCAAAGCCAGCAACCUCUCCACCCUGUCUAAGAAAUACCAGCAAGACGCCAAAGAGCUGAACUCGCGGUCUCGGUUUACCAAAGUAGCUGCCACGGGGAUAUGCCUCUUCAUGGUGAUGCUGUACUUCUGGUGGUUGUGACCAGAGCUGCAGACAGACAUACGGACGGACACGGUGGGCAACUCAGGAUUGGAGAAACACGGACUUUAACUCGGAACGUUCUGGGACACUAACAAAACCCCGACAGCCAGCUGAUAAUGUAACCGGGACUCUCGAUCGCACCAACCCAGGGUGCUCAUGCUUUUGGCAAACGUUUCUCACCAUCGCACACACGAGGGAUGCUGGGAGGAUCCGAAACAGGGAACUCCCGAUUUCAGGAAAACUGGCGUCGAACACUCCCAGGACAGGGACAACACGGGGUUAGGUACAGAGUAAAGCAUCCUCUACACUGUCCCCUCAUCAAAUACUCCCAGGACAGGGACAGCACUGGGUUAGAUACGGAGUAAAGCUCCCUCUACACUGUCCCCCAUCAAACACUCCCAGGGACAGGGAGAGCACGGGGUUACAUACAGAGUAAAGCUCCCUCUACACUGUCUCCAUCAAACACUCCCAGGACAGGGACAGCAUGGGGUUGGAUACAGAAUAAAGCUUCCUCUACACUGUCCCCCAUCAAACACUCCCAGGACAGGGACAGCACAGGGUUAGAUACAGAGUAAAGCUCCCUCUACACUUUCCCCCAUCAAACACUCCCAGGACAGGGACAGCACGGGGUUAGAUACAGAGUAAAGCUCCCUCUACACUGUCCCCAUCAAACACUCCCAGGACAGGGACAGCACAGGGUGAGAGUCAAUCCGGAACUCGGAUGGAGCUGUGCGUUGCUCUGGCUUCGAUCUCCUGGAGAGAGUGGGGAAGGCCCUGGUUUUCACUCUGCCUGGGGGCCGGUCUAUCUCCGAGUGAGUCAGGUUCAGGUUGGGAGCAGUAUGACCAUCAGGGCUGCCUGUGUAAGUCCUGCAGAUACCACCACACGGUGUAGUGGAGGACAGAGAUUGGG